AUGUCACCUAAUCCCAACUCCAUGGAGGCUGUAGGAAGUCAUGUAAUUUCGGGUCAGACAGGCUCAAAGUACAAGGACCCUACGCCCUGGGAUUGUCAGUACACAGGUAAAUGUGCCGUACAGGGCGACCUGAGUCCUCUGUCUAAAAUCCCGGCAUCUCAACACGAGAUACAACUUCUCAACGACCAAAAUGUCCUGACGUCAGCACCACAGUUAAAAUCUAGCAAGGAUAUGAUACAUACUCUACCAGACAUUAUACCUACUCUGCCAGACAUGCACUUUUCCUUUGUCCAUUCUCCUAUCGAGCCUAUCCCAGGUAAAGAUGUUCAUCUUGAGGCAGGCCUACUUGACAGUAUACCAGCAAUAGGCAAAAAUGUAUGGAUAUCCAACCCUCGUUUUGAUCAAGGAAUAGAUGCUUCUAACACCUGGAUGUCUUAUCCCAUGAUUCCUCUGACAGACAAGAGACUAAAAAUUAAUACCAGUCCUGAUCUUCAGAUUUCUGUCGGGAAACCAUUACAACAACCUGUCAAAGGAAUCCCUAUCCAUCUACCUCAAGAACCAAUUCUUCCAUCUUUGCCAAUAUUAGAGAAAACUGUUUUUCCAAUACCUUCUAAAACCCAGGGAUCGGUCACCAUACACGAGUUUCAGCCAGGUUUCAUAUCUAAUAACAUCCAACCUAAGCAAUUCUUAACAUCAAAAUCCAGAAUAUCUAACUUUCAAAGUCAGUCUUUACAUCCAGCACAAUUACCACAUUCUUCUAAAAUUUUGGGAGCAAAUAAUUUUCAUGAUUUACCAUUAGCUGUGAUGUCUGUGCCGCCACUAAGUCCCCCUACCGGACAUAAACCCCCCACCGCCCCUCAGAAACCUUUACCUAUUCCUAAAAAUGCCAUCCAAGUUCAACCAAAUAUCCCAGUCCCAUCCCCUCGUCUAAAGGGAAAUAUAUCUCCUUCCAGCCAACCGAUUAUUCUACCCAGUCUGCACAGUUUACCAAUGGCUGUAAUGGCUGUUCCUCAAUUUAAUCCUCAAAAAUUACCCCAGCCAAACCCAGUACCUCCACAACCUUUGCAACCUCGACCGAAAAUCAUUAAAAUCACCAUUCCAGACCGGCAACCAACACGACCAAUAAGGAAAAACAUGUUUUUAUCUAGUAAUUUGGUGAGAGUACCUGGAAUAUCCGAAAGAUCUCUACAUAGUCAAGUUUUUGCAAGAGACUUUUUGAGACAUGUUAGAGGUUUAGAUAAACCAAGAUUUCAACCUGGAGUUCAAAAUCUUAAAUUCCCUAUCUUUGCUAGGGACAACCGUCUUCGACAUUCAGGAAGCACUAAUCAGGGAGGAAACAUUGUAAAGAAAAUAAAUACUAGGGGAACCAUUGAAGGGGGACAGGUAGCGGGCGGUGUGCAAGCUGGACAUGGAACUGUAUCAGGAAGUCGACAAAUUUCAAAAACCGGCAUGGGCGAUAUUUUAAGAAUGGCUCAAAUGCAAUUAACCUCUGCAGAUAUUAUUCAACUGUUGCACAGUUCUAAAAACCACCAGCAGACCUUGGAUACCAUUCUUAAAGGUUACAUCAAUCUUCAAAGCAACGCCAGAAUUACAAAAUUAUUUAAUGAAUCGUAUAGAGCUAAGCUUCUCCAAUUGAUUCGGUUUUAUCAGUAUCUCCAGCCCGGUUCGAAACACCGUGAACGUGUCGGGGAAAUCUUUAUGAAAAGUAUUGAUAGAUUACAAGAAAUGGCAGAGCAAGAGGGAGAAAGGGAAUCAGAUGGAGCUGGCAUUGGGACAGGAGGAUUGGCUGGGGGAGGAGGAGGGUUGGCUGGAGGCGGCUGGGCAGCAGGUGGCGGUGGGGUAUCAGGAGGAGGAAGUGGUGGUGGUGGGGGAGCAGGCGGUGGUGGAGGUGGUGCCGCCGCAGGUGGAUCGGAAGGUGCAGAAGGAGCUGAAUUUGAGAGAGAGUUCGACAAUGGUUCUGAUUCCAGUUCAGAUUCAGACGAUGAUGACAAUGGAUAUGUCAAGUUUUGGUAA